GCGUGUCCGAGCCAGCAGCGGUGAGCGCUGGCAUGCCCGAGCCGGCAAAGAAGAGGGCAGUAUGCAAGUCGGCAGUCGUGAGAGCGCAGGAGAGUGCCGCGGCCGACUCUGCAGCAAAGACUUUAGUUCAGUGUAUCUCAUCUCGUAAGGAGAUGCCAAUUGUCUUAGCGGCUAAAGCCUUUUCUGAUUAUUUGUCUAGUCUUGUCCGUAUCCUAGAAGUCCCCGUCAGUCCUGUCUUGUCCUCAGACCCUGUCCCCAGAAAUCCCGAGUGUCCUGAUGUCGUCUCCCCGUGUCCCGUAGAUGUCGUCUCCCCGUGUCCCGUGAAUGUUGCCCCGUGUCCCGUAGAUGUCCCGUGUCCAGUAGAUGUUGUCGUCCCAUGUCCAGUAGAUGUUGUCCCCCCGUGUCCAGCUGUCGUCUCCCCGCGUCCCGUAAGUCUUGCCCCGCGUCCCGUAAGUGUUGCCCCGCGUCCCUUGUCUGCUCCUAUCAUGUCCCCUGUCAGUUGUCCCGAGACCCCUCCCCGCCCCUCACCACCCAGACCUGCCCGUACCCCCCGUCGUCAGCCUUCGUCCUGUCCUUCUAAAACUCCUGCCCCACCCACUCACCCUGGUCUGCCCCCCAUGAACUUUGUGGUCCCGCCCCCCCCCCCUUCCCUGUUUGUUUUUUUUGUUAUGUCACCCUAACCCUGCCAUUGUGUUUUCAUGUUUGCCUUUGUUAUUAUUAGUCAUGUCUUGUUGGUUUGUGUCUGUGUCCCAGUCUGUCAUGUCAGUCAUGUCCCGUGUUUGAUGUUCCCUUGAGGAGCGUCUGGAAGCCGCUCCUUAAGGGAGGGGUUCUGUCAUGAUCCUGCCCUCGUGUCCUUGAUUUUUCCUAGUCUUGAGGCAGGAUCAUGACAGACCCUUGUUUUGUGUACAAGCGCAUGGCCUUGUCUUUGGGCCAUGUGCUUGUGUUGUCUCGUUCCCUUGCCCCGCCCCCCUUGUUAACCUAGUCGUGUCUUGAUUGUCCCAUCUGUGCCACCUGUCGUGUCUUGAUUGUUUCCCCUAUUUAGGUCUCCAAGUGUGCUCUGUCUUGCGUCGGUUCAUUGUCAUUGUGAUUGUACCUCAACCGUGUCCUACAAUUGUGAUUGUGUGUGAGAUUGUGCUGUACCCGCUGAAGUCCUUGUAUUACCGUGAGUGUUCAUAGUUAGUAUUUAGAGUCCUUGUUUAUCUUGUCAGUCCAGUCCUGUUUUAGUUAUUUAGUCUUUACCUUGCUCCGUGUUUUCCCCCUCGUGGGUUUUGUUUUCCCCUUUUUGUAAUAAACCCUUUGUUUGAGAAUCCCUGUCUGCACCUGAGUUCCUCCCUUACCAAUACC